CGAUGCUUCCCCAGUGGUCACGGGGCAGUAUGGCAGCCGUCGCGCUGAGGUCUUGCCGCAGAGGACUUUCACAGAUUUUAAGCAAUGGAGGUCUCGCAGCUCUGUCUUCAAAGAGUCUGGAAGGAUCCAGGAGGUACAAAUCUACGGUUCAGUAUGCUUCACGACCAGAACUUCCAAAGCUGGCCUACAGAAGAGUGAAAGGAAAGAGCCCAGGUGUGGUUUUCCUCCCAGGCUAUGGCUCCAACAUGAAUGGACAGAAAGCUGAGGCAUUGGAAGAGUUCUGUAAAUCACUGGGACACUCAUACCUCAGGUUUGACUACACAGGACAUGGGGCCUCAGGAGGGGUGCUGUCAGAAGGAACUAUUGGUACCUGGAAAAAAGAUGUCCUUUUUGUGUUGGAUGAGUUAUCAGAGGGGCCACAGAUACUGGUUGGUUCCAGUAUAGGUGGUUGGCUCAUGCUGCUGGCAGCCAUCGCCAGACCAGAGAAGACAGCUGCACUAGUGGGCAUCUCUACUGCCGCUGAUCACCUUGUCACAGCGUUCAAUUCUCUUCCACUGGAGACACGCAAGGAGUUUGAAAGCAAGGGGGAGUGGACAGUGCCCACCAAACACACAGAGGAGGGUGUUUACAAGUUUAGCAUGGACUUUUUGCAUGAGGCAGAAAAUCACUGUGUUCUCCAGAGUCCCAUCCCCAUCACCUGCCCCGUACGGCUCAUUCAUGGGCUCAAAGAUGAGGACGUCCCGUGGCACAUCUCCAUGCAAGUUGCAGAACGCGUCCUCAGUUCCGAUGUGGAUGUCAUCCUCCGACGACACGGCCAGCACCGCAUGUGUGAAAAGGAUGACAUCAAGCUUAUGGUCUACACUAUUGACGAUCUCAUAGACAAGCUGACCACUAUGGUCUGAAUAGGGGAUAGAGAAGGAAGCCUGAGAUGUUCCUUAGAUAAAGAGAAUGACUUUAACUGGGAAGUCAGCCCUCAAGGAAAUUACCAAACAAUGGCAUGUUGCUCUGCCAAAUAGGACCUUUUAUCCAUCUGUGUUUUUCAUCCCAUACUUCCUGUGUCAUCAUUUCAACAUGCCAGUAAAUUGUAAACUACAUUGAAAGGGAGCCCUCCUGCUAGCUGUUCCCUUGUAUCUUCAGGUUGCAUUUGUAUGUGCUCCAGGAUAUUGUAUUGAGUGUUACACUGGUAAGCCGUUCUUAGGUCUGCCUUGCUGCUGUCUCUGUCAUUGUUCUUACUGUUUGGCUGUUUUCCCCCUCCACCUUUACUUAGACACACAGUUUUCCUGUGCCUUUUUAAUCACUUUUCACCCGUUUUGGCUAAUAAAACCUCUGCACACUA